AUGCCCAGUCCACUGGACUCUCACUGGACUACAAGCCACUUUCCUGAGUCCAGUCCCAGUCCAGUGGACUAUGAGUCCAGUCAUAGUCCACUGGAUUCCACUGGAGUCCAGUGGAUUCAAGUGAUUCCAGUGCAUUAUUGCUUAUUACUUAUUAAUUAUGAAUACUACAAAAAAGCGAAAAUAGACUGUGCAAUGAACAAGCCCGGCAAAUGA